CAUGACGCUCACGCGGGCUUCCUGUGGCUUCUGGGCGCUGCUUGGUCCUCCGAAAUGUUGUUCGGUCUGUUUGUUGUACCUGAUUUUAAGAAAUAAUGAACAAUGUAAGUGUUUGGGAAGUGACUUUUGGAACUUAACUACAUCUUGCAACGUGUCUGCACAAGUUUAUGAAGACAAAAGUCGCGCUGAAGAAGAACCGUGGUCUCUCGGCCCCUCUUCAGGAGUGAAUAAAUUUCAGAUGGUUUUUACCUGAACUGAAGUCAAGCCACAUUUGGCUGCCACCCUGCUCCAUUCAAAAACAUGGCAGAUAAUUUUUACAAGUUGGAAGAUGAAGCCUUCCCCAGUUUCCUCUGCAAGUCUCUGGACAGCACCAGUGGCCGCGCCACACUGGGGAAUGUGACAUUGGGUUCAGGCCCAGGACUCCCAGUGGCCGCCUCUACAGUGGCUAAAAUUAAACCUAGCUCGGACAACAGAGGAGAUCCUGUUGACGCGUCAUAUCUAGAGGGCAGAGAGCUGCAGCAGGCCGACACAAAGUCAUCUGCUAGAGAACAGCCUAAGUUCGCCCUCAGCUUCAAAGAUGACUUGGACGAUGCGGAUGACUUCAUCGCAGCCCACCGUUUUUCAGACAUGCUGGUGAAGAUUAAUUUGGAAGAAAGUGCAUCUCAAACCCAAGGCCCCAACCUGGGGCUUCCCCCUACACAUAUGAGCUCAGUCAACGGCCGGCCCACAGAACUUGGAACAGAGCUGUCAACAGGGCUUCUGACAUUUGCCCAGUUUGGAUAUAAAGAUGGUCCAGAUGCAAAGGCUCAGCCCUUACCCGCUACAGCUGAAGAGGACAUUGUGCAGAGUGAAGGAGUGGACAGUGACCAUUUCAGUGGCAGUAACUCAAGCUUCCUGGCAAAUGAGAAGCUCAUGUCUGUGGACAGCAUGAACAGCGAUAUCACAGAUGAUGACAUUGAUUCAAACAACCUGCCUGAUGAUGAGCUGGAACUGUAUUUCAAUAAGAUGGUUCCUCCUGCUAUGCAGAGAGGCAGAGUGGAGGGCCAGGAGAUUCCUGCAACAGGACUCCCAGCUGCUGCUGACAGCAUAUCAAACCCAAGUUCAACAGACCCAGAACAGUAUAGACACCAGUUCCUUGAUGACUACAAUCAGGAGGACUUCCAGAUGCCUGAUGUGCGUCUUGCUGCUACAGGUAUGGACUCCUGUCCUGCCAGUGAUGAGGACACUGAGGAUGAGCUGGAGUCUGCCAGAAGGAACAGCAAUGCUGCCAGGACACGGCUGCUGCCCAGCACCUCCAGACAACUGGUUGGAGAGAGUAAUCGUCCGAGUUUCAGGCCGGGCUUAGAGGGAGGCAGUUCUGAUGAUGAGGCUUCCAGCAGCCGUGGUGGUCCAUCUCUGUCUGGGAUUGAACACAGACGAUCUGCUGAGGGACAAGUCAUCAACCCUCCGGUCACAGGGGAUGGAGGAGGUGGUGAUGGGAGCAGCGGGAGUGAGGAAAGUGGAAAUGAUGGUGGAGUUUCAACCAUCCCCCUCCCAGCAACCGUAGUCCAGACCACCUAUGAUGUUCUGCGUGGGCUGGGGAUUGUGGGGAGCAGUGCUAUCGGUGAGGAUGAGGAUGGCGAUCUGGAUCUGCCAGGACAUGGAAGGAAGAGUCUCUCCAGACACACUGAGAUGGGUGACCGUGUGGGUCCUGUGGGAACAGGAGAGGCCAGCUCUUCCUUUGGGGCAUCAGGGGGAACUCAAAGACUUUCUCCUGUCAACUGGAGCAUGGUCCUGGACCGACAGGAGGCACUGGAUGCUAUGGAGAACACAGAGUCUGGACCCACUGUUGACCGACUGUUGGACUCAGUCUACCUAAGGAGUGGAGCUGGACUUAGAAGACCUCAGGACUCCUCAGCACACCUAACUUUCUCCCACCUUCAAGGCACCCAGGGGAGCUUCCACCUCUCUCAGGUACUGCUGCCAGAAUGCGAUGACGAUGAUGAUGAUGAUGGAGUAGAUGUGCCUGAUGGUAGCAGGCCUUCCUUGGGCAUAAGGGGAGGGCCUUGUGGUGAUGUAACUGUUGCAGAGGCCUCAGACAGUACCAGUGAGGAUGAAAACAAUCCUCUUUCCACCUCUCUGGAAGCCAAGUAUUUCUCCCAGAGCUUCCACCAGGAACAAGAAGAUUCAGAUGACUGCUGGAACCAUUGUCCAGACAACCUGGAGCUUGAGUUUCAACAAGAAGCCGAUGCCAGUCAUGGUGUGGUGUACCAGAAUGAAGAAGGGCAGUGGGUGACAGACCUGGCAUAUUACUCCUCCUUUGAGAAAGAGGUUGAUGGGAACAUGCCAGAGACUGUUGGCCAGUUUCAAAAGGAGGACUUUGUUCCUGCUUGUGAUGCCAUGGAAAAGAUAGUUAAGGAUCAAGAGGAAUUUGAGAAGGAGCACCAAUUCAUGCAGGAGGAGAAGAUUGAACCAGUCAGCAGCAACAGCACCUUUAAUAGUGACUCAUCUUGGAAGGCCCCCACCACCAGCCACAUCCUGAUGAGGGCUUCCCAGGUCUCUUCAGAGUUUAACCAGGAGGACCAAAGCUACCUGCGACUGACUUUUGGGCAGUUUUUUGGACAGCGCUCUGAAGCCCUGGGCUGUUUGGGCAGCACUGAGGAUGUGAAUGGGAUUAAACGGCCGUCCUUUGGUUACAUCAUUACCUCUCCAGAGAAAAGAGAACCAUUUCCCCUAAUUCACCCCUCAGAGUUCUCAGCUAGAGACUCUCUUCACAGUGACACAGUGGAAGUCAGUGAAGCAGACAAAACACUCAACCCAGAGGACCUGGACAAAACUCUUGAGGCACCAGGGGAAAGGAUGUCACCGAAAGGUGAUACUGAUCCAGAACCAUGUGAUCAGGAGGACCAUACUGUUAGAGCUGCACUACCUGACCACAGUGAGGGCUCUGGCUCUGAAUCAAGCUUGGGUAAUCAAAGCCGUGUGUCCCCUAACAACAACAGCAGCCAUCUGAUGCUGAGUAUCAGCACAAUCGCUUCAGCCAUUGCUGAUGCGUCCAUCAGCACUGACCCAUCGCAGCUGGCUGCUAUGAUUGUGGAGCUGUCCAAGCGGAGAAGGACAAGGAAUCGACCUGAAUCCGCAGGGCCACACUCCACUGAACAUGAGCCAGAUCAGAGUGUCAUGCUGGACACACUGCACAGAAGCACCUGUGUUGGAGAGCUGAGUGCCUUUGACAUGGAGAAAUACCUGAAAAAGACUGACGUGUCAGGCAGCACUGAUGCCUCUGUGGCACACACCACCUUUGACCUGACCGCCUGGGCAGACAACCUCAGCAGUUCUCAGAGAAACCCUCAGGCAGGAUAUCCCGAGGAGCCUGGGAGCUCAGCUCAGCGAGUGGACAAUGAGACUCAACAGGAGCCCACAAGGACAAAAACUGAGGAGAAAGACGGAGGAGGAGAGACAACUUUAAACAGCUCAUCUGCAGCGCCUCCUCCAAAUGCAUUAUCUCCAGGUCAUAAAGGUGACCCAAGAAGAAGCUCUAUUCCUCGCCCUCGCACAUCUUCUGGUUCUACCAGAAGAUCUGUGGGCUCAGGACAGUCCUCCACUCUGAUGCCUCCUGCAGACAAAAUGGCAGCAUAUAAUAACCCCUCUUCCUCUGCUAUCAAGACUUGUGGUUCCUCAGGCAGUACCUGGACAGAAAAUGGAAUCAAACCAGGAGAAAUUAACCUACAAGCAUCUAGCAAUUUUAGGACUCCAUUAGAAACAUCACAGAAAAGUGAUAAAAGCUCUGCUUCCUCACCUGGCUUGGCAGAAACCCCACCAGGCCCAAGGAAAGGGCAGUCAAGUCUGCCUUGUUUUAAAGGUUCCUCUUCUCCGCCACAGAGGGCAAGGAGUGCAGGUCAUUCGCAGCAAGACAGACCGCAUAAUUCUCCAGAGAAGAAACCAUCACCCAGGAAUAUCAUGAUUGCCUCACUACCUCGUAGCUCUGUUGAGAAGCAUGUUGGCUUCUCUUGCCAAAACACGCAACCUCCACUAGACCCUGCAUCUGAACUACCCAAGGGAUUCUCUGAGCCCUGUGUGGAGGAGACGCAUUGUAACUUCAGACCGUCCACCUCUCCGCUUACUCACUCUUCUCCAAGCCAAACCUCCAUUCCCAGCGCUGAUGGUAUGAUGUCACCUGUGUCAUCCAGUGGUGGUAUAGCGGACAAACGUCCAGGUCUUGACCUCUCACCUCAGUCUACCUGCUCCAGCCCAAGUCUCAGCAGGCUCACAUACAUCUCAAUGAAUGACGGCACUGUCGUACCUACACCCGAGAGGCGAAAGAAUAACUCUAGUAUGGCACUGAGCACCACCAUCAUCAGAAUCAGUCCAACUCCACCUGUGGAACCAGAUACACAGUCUGACCUCGAUAUUCUUGGCCUGGCCAAAAGCCUGGACCAGAUGCAACCCCAGCAUUCUCAAAGUCUGGAUCCACUACCAGCACAGCAGUAUAAAAGCCCAGAGCCCCCACGCAGUGCCUCUGGUCUGAGCUGUACUCGCAGCCAGAGUGAAUGCAACUACCACUGCCCCGGGGACAGAACUGGAGAUAUUGCAGCAAGUUGCAGGAACCACAAGCACCUCUCUGAGUCCAACGUAAGACAGCUCACUAAAGUUGACUCAGGCUAUUGCAGUAAUCUGAACAUUCAGCAAACUAGCAGCACUGCAGCUCCUCAGAGCUCCCAGCAGUGGGGAGCUGGUGGCUCAGUGUCAUCAUCGGUGUAUGCUAGUGGCCUCGGCAUUCCUCCAUCCUACUCAUCAGAAGGGCUUCACUACGUGCCCAUCCCCAGCUUUAAGCCACAGUGUGCUGGCUUGAUUGACCUUCCUCACCAAGGAGAUAUGCAGUCCCUCCUCACUGGGCGCUCUCUCUUCAACUCCCACCUGGCUCAGCAGUAUUUGGGACCUGAAGCUCCAUUACAUCCAGGCAUACCCAACAGUGAUCUCACAGUGAGACACGUCCAUCCCACAGCAGGUCCUCUGGGGAUUUCGGGGUCCACUGGAUGCCAUCACCUCCCUAUAUCCCAUCAGGGCCAGCAGGACAUUGGAAUGAUGGGAAAACCUUACACUCAGUAUGGUGCAGAGCCACUGGUGGCAGGUGGUCUUGAGGAACUGAGAGGCCAAGUGGUGGUGCCAGAAGAGCUGAGGUUUCCUCACACCUGCUGUGUGGGCAUUGCUUCACAGAUCUCCCUCAGCCUCUUCAACCCCUCUGAGAGAUGGCAACAAGUGUCAAUCACUGUCACCAGCCUGGCCAUCGAUGGAGAGAAGGUGGAUUGCUUGCCAUACCAGUGGCUUAUAGUGAAGAACAAGACGAUCAUUGCCCCCAAGAGUACAGAAGAGCAGAAGGUGUUGUUCAUCCCUCCACAGGCUGGGGUCUACCAGUGUGUCUUCAGUGUUUGCUCCUGGCCUGCGUCCGCAGAGACAGAGGUUGCUGCCAGAGCCAACAUCUUUGCUAAAAGGGUAGUGCUGGUUGCCAUAGCAGAGAAUCCUGAGCUUGAGGUUGAAGUAAGCAAAUCUGGCUGCCUGGAUUUUGGAGACCUUCCAGGAGGCAGUGCCAAAUCUCUUUCUCUCAAACUGCUCAACAGGACUCAUGCUACAGUGCCCAUCCGUCUGGUCAUCAGUGCAAACGCUACAGCGUGGCGAUGCUUCACCUUUUCCAAGCACCCUACCAUAACAUCUGAGGCAGCACAGCAGGCUGGCCACAUGACCCCAGUGUCCUCUCCCUCGGUGAUGAAUCACGUGAUGCAUGCCAGCUAUGGAGAGAAUCCACAGAGCUUCAUGGUCUGGGUUCACUUCAAGGCCCCUCAGAAGUACACUGUUUCCUCAGAAGAGCUUGGUCCAGCUGAUGAGUACAAUGCUCGGGUGGACAUUGAAGUGGACUCUCCUGGUCCUAGUCAUGUGAUCAGGAGUAUUCCCCUUAGGGCAAGGUCUGGAACUGCAAGGGUACAUGCUCCUAAAGACCUGCAGACUGUCAGCCUGUCUGCUCCACUGGGUAAAUCUAGUCAACAGACGUUGCCAUUAAAGAAUGCAGGAAACAUUGACGUUCAGCUAAAACUCAAGAGCAGUGAUGCUGAGGACAGUUUCUCUGUGACACCUGAUGUACUGUCCCUGAGAAUAGGAGAGGAGCAAGGCAUCGUGGUCUCCUUCAAAGCACAGGGCAGCAGGAAAUAUCAAGAAAGCCUUCUCACCAUCUUGGUGCUGCCUUCGGGUCCUCAGUAUGAGGUAACCCUGAAAGGAGAAGUUGUCCCAGAGGACUCUGGGAAACCUGCCAUUCCCUCUGCUGCUGUCAUUGGUCCUGGUGUGGCCAGUGAUGUUCCACCGAUCCUCUCUAACAAACAGUUCGUAGCCUGGGGAGGGGUCACUCUAGGACGAGCUAUCCAACAGAAGCUGGUCCUCAGGAACAACUCGACCACCACCACACAGCAGCUACGGCUGCUUAUUCGUGGUCAAGACCAGGACUGUUUUCAGCUCCAGAGUAUGUUCAGUCCUGAAGAGCGUUUGACGCGACAUGGGGAGCUGUCCAUCCGUCCCAAAGAGGAUGUGACCGUCCACCUGCUCUUUGCUCCCACCAGGGUGGCUUGCAUGUUGGCCAAGCUGGAGAUCAAACAGUCUGGAGUGCGGCCUUCACAGCCAGGGGUCAAAUUCACUAUUCCACUGUCAGGCUAUGGUGGGACAAGCAACAUCAUCCUGGAGGACCAGAGGAAACAGGCGGAUGGCUAUGUGGCAACACUGACUGAUAUCACUGUUGGUCGUGUCAGCAAAGUGUGUUUGUGCGUGAGGAACACUGGUUCCAGAGCAGCUUACAUCAAAGCUGUGGCUUUCGCUGAUAUGCAGACACGAACAUUAAUUGAACCCUCUGUCAUCAGCCUCGCCCCAUCACAGUUUAUACUUAAGGAAAGGACACAAGAGGUGAUUACCGUGCUAAUGAAGUCCACCCAAAGAGAACGGGCCCUAUGUCAGUCAGAUAAUGCACUGCUGGCUACUGUCUGUUUGUUUUGUGGAGAUGAGGUCUCCAGGCAGCAGUAUAGGAGAUUGCUUCAGAGCAAACCGGAGGCUGUGCGGAAGGCACUGUCUGAAAACAGUCUGCUGAAAAACAUUAACUUCAAUGAGAAGUUCCUGGGAGAAGAAAAUAUUACAGAGACCUAUGAUCUGCCCCAACGGCCCAAUGAAGCUCACAUUUUCUAUGGAAACAUGAGUAAGGUAGUGGUGUCAUUGCUUGGAAGUACAAAGAGCACAGACUGUGAGCAGAGUGAUCACACGGAGCUGUUGCUGCCCUCUGCUAGACACAGCGCAGAGACGGACAGUGUGGCGAAUGGUAAUGUGUCUCUGGACGUGCUGCCAGUGAAAGGUCCCCAGGGUCCAGCACUGAGAGUGGCAGAGCCCUCUUUAAAGGCGUCAGAGCCAUUACACAGGCAGUCUGAGUCCUGGACCAUCCAUCCAGAACAACUUGUCCUUGCAGCUCCCACCAUCAAUGGUGCAGCCACUACCAGUCAGGUUCAGAUCCGGAACAACACAUCCAGGGAGCUGUGCUUUGAUUUGUCCUGGCCCGCUCACUGCCUCACCAUCACCCCUCAGCAUGGCGUCAUCGAACCUCAGUGCCACCUACAGAUUUUGAUCAGCCCCAACCCUUCACUAGCAACUAAAUCUAGCCUGCUGCCAUGGAGUGGACAGAUUUAUGUCCAGUGUAACGCUCAACAGAAGUUUAUUAAGGUCCAGAUUCGUGGGGACCUGGCUCUGGAUGUGUCCGCAGCCCCAGCAGACUCAACUCUGACAGCCCUACCUCCUCAGGCUGCCACCCCAGUGCUGCCUAUGGCUAGGCUCACCGCCAAGUCGUCACUACCCCCACAGACCCCACAAGCACCUCAAGCCCUGGUAGAGAUCAGCAACAAGACCAUCAUGUUCCCUGCCACUCCUUCAGGGGAAACAUCAGAGGCCCAGCUGGAGGUGCAGAAUGGAGAAGUGGAAGUGAGAUGGUACCUGUCAUCAUUCGCUCCUCCAUAUGUCAAGGGGGUUGAUAACACUGGAGAUGUUUACCGGGCCACUUACACAGCUUUCAGAUGCUCCAGGGUCUCAGGCACUCUGGGAGCCCUGGAGAAGAUGCAGGUGCCUUUUACUUUCCUGCCCAGGGACAGAGGGGACUAUGCCCAGUUCUGGGACUUGGAGUGCCACCCGGUGUCUGAGCCCCAGCAGAAAACCAGAGUUCGCUUCCAACUGUGUGGCACUGGAAUAAAGUCUGGACCAGUGGAAGCACCACAGGAAGGAGACUGCUCUCUGGUGAAGACAGAGGCCACAGUCAAGACCAGGAAGAGGGCUGAUGUCACAGCAGGCAAAACCAGUCAGGAGGAUGCCGUGCGGAGAGGUGUAUAUUCUCCACAGGAUCUCUACACCUUCCCAGCCACACGAGUGGGUGAGUCCAGCGCUCUGAAGGUCAACAUCCGCAACAACUCGUCCAGCACGCAUGAGCUGAAUUUUGUAAACCCUAUGGAGCCGUUCCACAUCAAGCAUUCCAAAUAUUCCCUGAGAUCGCAGCACUAUCUGAAGCUGCCCGUCCAGUUCAAGCCCAGUGCUGCAGGCAGACACGCUGGCUUGCUGCUCAUCCAGUCAGAAACAAGUGGAAGUCUUGUUAUUCAGCUGACCGGUGAGGCAUUGCCUUGAAUCUACCAUCCUACGCCACCUCCUCAUGCUGGCUGGCUGGCUUUGGGUGGAUGCUCUUCCCUGUUCGGUUCGUCACGGGACAGACCAGAGUAACAGAGGGGAAAAGGCAAAACUGCUAAGGAUCAGAUGAAGGCAACCACAGACUCAACUCCUUCCUUGUCAUCUUAUUUGGAGAUAAAGCUCUAAAGAUAUAUUUAGAGAUAUGUAGCUGAUUAACUGACUGAGACUCUCCUGCCAACACAGCCCCGUCUGCCUCUGGAUGUGGCACAGGUGUCCUCAGCUGGCCCAUGAAAAAAUGAUUGUGCCUGUUUGUGCCUGAAGCUGAAUGAUUUGGUCUGACAUGCUCACAAUUAGUCUGCAGCACUCUGACAUUUCACAGAGCUAAUGAUUUUUGUCACUUCACUCUGGAUCUGGUAUUUGCCUUAUCCCUGAGUCAUGUCACAAGGCAGCAUUGUUGUUGCCAUGGCCUCUGUCAGACAGUAGCAGUACCAGGGAUACGUCAGGGAUUACUUUGAGUUGGCCACAAAGGAAUGCCAUUGUCUCUUGUUUCUUGUUUGGUAACAUGGCUGUGGGGAUUUUUUUGUGCCAAACCAUGUUUUUUGCCAUGUUACAUGGUAAAAUCUGAAAAAAGGGUCCUGGACAUUUUUGUUUUUGUCCCAAACCUGAUUUCUUGUUUCUGUUUUUCACAUAGAUUCUCAUUUUCAAAUUUAGGUCUGUCCACAUUUCAUAAAAAUUCUUCAUCUUCUGUGGUGUGGUUUCUAUGGAAAUGGCUCCCCGUCAUGCAGAGCCCACCUGCACAGUGGCCUUUGUCAUCACCAUGUGUUGACUUCCAGCAACCUCCAAGACUCGUUCCAAACAGUCCAGAUGUACUUAAUUUAGUCAUGAUCAGUGCAGCUCACAGCAACAUUAGGAUGGUUAAUGAUUGUUAUUACAUGCUAAAAGAGUUUCCUCUGGUGGGGUUUUUGUUCGGCAGCUUGCCAGGCCUGCUUAGUAUGGUUACCAUGGCAAAACAGUGUUAAUCACUGUUCCAGUCACAGAAAAUUAGCUCCCCUUUUCCUCUUUUGGCUCUGGGGCAAAUGGCCAAAAUUACUUGGGGGUAUUGGAUUCACAUCCGUAAUGUGUUCUGGGACUGGAAUGGCAUGUGGGGGAAAUGUACGUAAACUUCAUCAAGUAUGUGUUGUUGACCUGUUAGAUGCCACACAUUGUGACAAUAAUUUGAAAAUGAAAAACACUAGAGCUGAGCAUUAUUUUCCUGCCAGUAGAGCAAGUUUUAAUAUGAAGGCAGUAUGUUGUCUUAGACAUGCCCUGACAACUGUCCUGACAUGUUUGUGUUUUACAGUUUGCACAUGCUUUAAAUAGUAUAUAAUGUAAUAUAUUGUUUGUACACAUUCUGAAUA